AUGGCCUCUGGACGAGAUGGAUCCAACUCCACCACAAACCUGACCAACCAGUUCGUGCAGCCUGCGUGGCGCAUCGCUCUGUGGUCGGUGGCUUACAGCACGGUGCUGGCGGUGGCAGUUUUUGGGAACUUGAUCGUGAUUUGGAUUAUUCUGGCGCACAAGCGGAUGAGGACUGUCACCAACUAUUUCCUGCUGAACUUGGCUUUCGCGGAUGUGUCGAUGGCCGCCUUCAACACGCUCAUCAACUUCAUCUACGCUGCUCAUGGAGAGUGGUAUUUUGGAGAGGUUUACUGCAGGUUCCACAACUUCUUCCCGGUCACCGCUGUGUUUGCCAGCAUCUACUCCAUGAGCGCCAUAGCCAUCGACAGGUACAUGGCCAUCAUCCAUCCUCUGAAACCUCGUCUGUCUGCCAAAGCCACUAUGGGAGUCAUCGUCUGCAUCUGGAGUCUAGCUGUGGUUCUGGCCUUCCCUCUCUGCUACUUCUCCACCACCCGAACUCUGCCCCGUAGAACUCUCUGCUACGUGGCCUGGCCCCGCAUGGCCGACGACCCCUUCAUGUAUCAUAUCAUCGUGACAGUUCUGGUCUACCUGCUGCCCUUAGUGGUGAUGGGCAUCACUUACACCAUCGUGGGGGUGACGCUGUGGGGAGGUGAGAUUCCUGGAGAUUCAUCUGAUAACUAUCAUGGACAGCUCCGGGCGAAAAGGAAGGUGGUGAAGAUGAUGAUCAUUGUAGUGGUGACCUUUGCCCUCUGCUGGCUGCCGUACCAUAUCUACUUCAUUGUGACGGGUCUCAACAAGCGUCUGAGCAAGUGGAAGUACAUCCAGCAGGUGUACCUGUCAGUGCUGUGGCUGGCGAUGAGCUCCACCAUGUACAACCCCAUCAUCUACUGCUGCCUCAACAACAGAUUCCGCGCUGGUUUCAAGAAGGUUUUCCGCUGGUGUCCCUUUGUUCGGGUGUCGAGCUACGAUGAGCUGGAGCUUCGAAACACAAGGCUUCGACCGUGUCACCAGAGCAGCAUGUGCACCCUCUCUCGAGUCAACACCAGCAUCUUGAGCAAAGACAAGAGCGCUUGUUCCCGUGGCAACAGGUCGAAACUUAACUCUGAGCAGGAUAAUAAAGACAGUUAG